ACAGUAUUUGAUUUUGCUCAAAAGGAGUUGGCCCCUCAAGCCUAUAUUAUUGAUAAAUGUAACGACCUUAAGGAUAUUAAAAAAUUUUGGAAAAAACUUGGAAACUUAGGCCUUUUAGGAAUAACUGCUCCUUCCCAGUAUGGAGGCUCGGGUAUGGGUUAUAUGGAACAUUGUAUAGCCAUGGAAGAACUAUCAAGGGCUAGUGGCUCAUUAGCAUUAAGUUAUGGAGCUCAUUCUAAUUUAACAGUCAAUCAAAUAGUUAGAAAUGGUACAGAAGAACAAAAAAAGCGUUUUUUACCACAGUUGAUAUCUGGUGAUCAUAUUGGGGCUUUAGCUAUGAGUGAAUCCGGUUCUGGCUCUGAUGUAUUUGCAAUGAUAACUACAGCUUUUAAAAAGGCUGAUCAUUAUAUUUUGAAUGGAUCAAAAUUUUGGAUUACCAAUGGACCUGAUGCAGAUAUAUUUAUAGUGUAUGCAAAAACAUCUGACUCCAAAUCGAAGUCAUCAAACAAAUCUAAACAUAACAAUAUAAGUACAUUUAUAGUUGAAAAGACUACUCCUGGAUUUUCUAAAGGUCUCAAACUAGACAAACUUGGUAUGCGCGGCUCAAAUACUUGUGAAUUGAUAUUCGAUAAUUGUUGCAUUCCCGCCGAAAAUUUACUGGGAAAAGAGAAUGAUGGUGCCGGUAUUCUCAUGUCUGGUUUAGAUUAUGAAAGAUUGGUUUUAUCCGGGGGACCCUUGGGUAUAAUGCAAGCUUGUUGUGAUACAGCUUUUGACUACUGUCACCAAAGACAAGCUUUUGAUUCAUCUACAGCCACAUUUCAGUUGAUGCAAUCAAAAAUAGCAAAUAUGUAUGUUGAAUUGGUUUCAUCUAGGUCUUAUGUUUACAACGUUGCUGCGAAUUGUGACCAGGGUAAAUGUGUCCCUAUGGAUUGUACUGCCGCAAUUUAUUUAACUUCGAAAAGGGCCACUCAAAUCGCCUUAGAAGCUAUUCAAUGCCUGGGUGGAAAUGGAUAUAUCAACGAUUAUCCCACUGGUAGACUGCUUAGAGAUGCGAAAUUAUAUGAAAUAGGAGCUGGAACGAAUGAAAUAAGGCAGUUGGUUAUUGGUAGAGCUAUAAAUGCAAUGUACGGAGUCAAGCGGAAGAAUUAAAUUAUAAUCUUAUAAAUGACCUUUGAAAUUUUUUUUUUAUACCAUACAAGUUAAGUUCGUGACAUUUAUUUUUAAUGAUGUUAAUUAAAUUAUGGUUGGCUCAUCAUUUACUAUUCAAACAAACAACAUUCUGUAUUAUUUCAAGUUUUAUAUCAUGAUACAUUAUUAUUAAAUCGACUUACAAAUAUUUUU